CGGAUUUUGAAUUUAUACCUGUACGGCAUUAUCGGAAAUUCACGAGGAAAUUCGCGACGCAGACGUAAUGAAAAUCGCAAAUCGCCAUAAUCAAUUCGAGUGUUUUUCGUAAUAAACUUUAUCGGCGGCCGAGCGCGAUUAUUGUUGCGAUCAAUUAUUUUUUAACAACUUUCAAGUGGCUAGUGGCGCCAGACUCGAAUAAAAUUCUUGUUAAUCGUGAGCGCCGGUAGGCCACACUACACAACCAACAAACAAUACUUUGUAUAGUUCAUUGCAGUUAUAAUUUGUUCCAGGACAUUUGUAUUCAAAAUUAUAUUUAAUACAAUGAGUGCUAAAACAAAACAAAAAAAAAUGGCCGAGUAUAUCACAACAACAACCACAGAUAACUCAAAAAAAAGAGUUCGAAACAAUGAUGGAGAUGAUUCAGAAUCUAAAAAGCCCAAAUCGACACAAGUUGAUUUGAACAAAAUAAAUUUUGAUUGUGAGAAAAAAAGUGCUAAAGGCCUUACUUGGAAUCUGAAAAUUAUUUCAUGGAAUGUUGCCGGUCUUAGAGCAUGGCUUAAGAAAGAUGUUGUAGAAUAUCUUAAAAAGGAGGAUCCAGAUAUUAUUUGCUUACAAGAAAUCAAAUGCACCGAAAAACAAAUGCCGGAUGAAGCAAAGUUACCUGGAUAUAAAAUUUAUAUUAAUUCAGGUGACAAGGCUGGUUACUCAGGGGUUGCUUUAUAUUCUAAGACAAAGCCUAUUAGUGUGAGAAUGGGAAAAGAAAUAAAAGAAUUGGAUGAUAAUGAAGGUCGUGUGAUUGAAGCAGAAUAUGAACAAUUUUUCCUGGUUUCUACUUAUAUUCCAAAUGCUGGCGCAGGGUUAAAAACAUUGCCAAAAAGAAUGAAAUGGGAUGAGGCAUUUCGUAAAUAUUUAAAAGAGUUAGAUACCAAAAAACCAGUUGUGUUAACUGGUGAUUUGAAUGUUGCUCAUGAAGAAAUUGAUAUCGCAAAUCCAAAAACUAAUACAAAGAGUGCAGGUUUUACUAAAGAAGAAAGAGACAAUAUGUCAUUGCUUCUUGAACAAGGAUUCAUUGAUACAUUUAGAACAUUAAACCCUGAGAAAACUGGAGCCUAUACUUUUUGGACUUAUUUUCAUAACUCAAGAGCUAAAAAUGUUGGAUGGAGACUGGACUAUUUUAUAUCAUCAAAAAGAUUCAUGGAUAAUGUAUGUGACAGUACUAUAAGAAACGAAGUACUAGGUAGUGAUCACUGUCCAAUUGUGUUUUACAUUAGUGUUUGAUCAUAAAAUUAUUUUUUUGAAAAUUGUAAGACUAAUAAAGUAUACAAUGUACAAAUUACUUCUGUAAGUGAUUUUACAAUAAUGAGUUAACAUACUACUUUUCUUUAAAUCAAUUAUUGUAUGUAACUAAAGUAAAACAAAUUUAAUAAAUUAACACAUCUGAAUCUCA